CAUGUGAUCCGACAAAUAUGGCCGCUACCCUUUGAGCACGGCAGGUGCGGCAGGUGCGGGGCGGGAACUGGUCGCGUGAGCUGUAGGGUGGCUGGGAGCAAGUGUGCGGGGGCGGGGUCCAGGCUCGGUUUCCCAGGGUGGCACACGGCGGCGGAGCGAGGCAGGCAAGCCCGGGGCGGCGUGGUCCAUGAGCCGAAGCCGGAGGCAGCGCGGAGCCGCAAACUCCCCUGGCCCCCGGCGCGACCCGGGCUGAGGAGUCGCGAGGCUCCGGGGAACACCCGGAGCUGCCACCAUGAACCCCGAGAAGGACUUCGCGCCGCUCACGCCCAACAUCGUGCGCGCCCUAAAUGACAAGCUCUACGAAAAGCGGAAGGUGGCAGCGCUGGAGAUUGAAAAGCUGGUUCGGGAGUUCGUGGCCCAGAACAACACAGUGCAAAUCAAGCAUGUGAUCCAGACUCUGUCUCAGGAAUUUGCCCUGUCUCAGCACCCCCACAGCCGGAAAGGGGGCCUCAUCGGCCUGGCCGCCUGUUCCAUCGCACUGGGCAAGGACUCGGGCCUCUACCUGAAGGAGUUGAUCGAGCCGGUGCUGGCCUGCUUCAAUGACGCGGACAGCAGGCUGCGCUACUACGCCUGUGAGGCCCUCUACAACAUCGUCAAGGUGGCCCGGGGCGCCGUGCUCCCCCACUUCAACGUGCUCUUUGACGGGCUGAGUAAGUUGGCUGCUGACCCAGACCCCAAUGUGAAAAGUGGAUCUGAGCUCCUAGACCGCCUUUUAAAGGACAUCGUGACGGAGAGCAACAAGUUUGACCUGGUGGGCUUCAUUCCCUUGUUGCGGGAGAGGAUUUACUCCAACAACCAGUACGCCCGGCAGUUCAUCAUCUCCUGGAUCCUGGUUCUGGAGUCUGUGCCAGACAUUAACCUGCUGGAUUAUUUGCCAGAGAUCCUGGAUGGACUCUUCCAGAUCCUGGGUGACAAUGGCAAAGAAAUUCGGAAAAUGUGUGAGGUGGUCCUUGGCGAAUUCUUGAAAGAAAUUAAGAAGAACCCUUCCAGUGUUAAGUUUGCUGAGAUGGCCAACAUCCUGGUGAUCCACUGUCAGACCACGGACGACCUGAUCCAACUGACAGCCAUGUGCUGGAUGCGCGAGUUCAUCCAGCUGGCUGGCCGGGUGAUGCUGCCCUACUCUUCUGGGAUCCUCACCGCCGUCUUGCCCUGUCUGGCCUACGACGACCGCAAGAAAAGCAUCAAGGAGGUGGCCAACGUGUGCAACCAGAGCCUGAUGAAGCUCGUCACCCCCGAGGAUGAUGAACCUGACGAGCCGAAGCCAGCGGUGCAGAGACAUGCGGACCCCAACCCCGAUGACUCGCUAGCAAAGCAGGAGGGGACAGGCAGUGGAGGCCCUGAUGGUGCUUGUGACUCCAGCUUCAGCAGUGGCGUUAGUGUCUCCUCUCCAGCCAGCACCGGAAGGGCCCCGGUCACUCUCCACCUCGAUGGGAUUGUACAGGUCCUGAACUGCCACCUCAGUGACAUGGCCAUCGGAAUGAUGACGAGGAUCGCAGUCCUGAAAUGGCUCUACCACCUGUACAUCAAAACUCCCCGGAAGAUGUUCCGGCACACAGACAGCCUCUUCCCCAUCCUCCUGCAGACGCUAUCGGAUGAAUCUGAUGAGGUUAUCCUGAAGGAUCUGGAGGUGUUGGCCGAAAUUGCUUCCUCCCCUGCAGGCCAGACGGAUGACCUAGGCCCCCUCGAUGGCCCUGACCUCCGGGUCAGCCACUCAGAGCUUCAGGUGCCCACCCCUGGCAGAGCCAGCCUGCUGCCCACUCCCAACCACAGGGGUCUAGAGGCUAGCCCCUCCCCACCUUCUAUGAGUUCCUACUUUUACAAGUUCAUGAUCAACCUUCUGAAGAUGUUCAGCAGCGAACGGAGGCUCCUGGAGGUCCGAGGCGCGUUCAUCAUCAGGCAGCUCUGCCUACUGCUGAACGCAGAGAACAUCUUUCACUCGAUGGCAGACAUCCUGCUCCGAGAGGAGGACCUCAAGUUCGCGUCGACCAUGGUCCACACCCUCAACACCAUCCUGCUCACCUCCACAGAGCUCUUCCAGCUGAGAAACCAGCUCAAGGACCUGAAGACUCUGGAGAGCCAGAACCUGUUCUGCUGCCUGUACCGUUCUUGGUGCCACAACCCAGUCACCACGGUGUCCCUCUGCUUCCUCACCCAGAACUAUCGGCACGCCUACGACCUCAUCCAGAAGUUCGGGGACCUGGAGGUCACUGUGGAUUUCCUUACAGAAGUGGACAAGCUGGUACAGCUGAUCGAGUGCCCCAUCUUCACAUAUCUGCGCCUACAGCUGCUGGACGUGAAGAACAACCCGUACCUGAUCAAGGCCCUCUAUGGCCUGCUCAUGCUGCUACCCCAGAGCAGCGCCUUCCAGCUGCUCUCGCACCGGCUGCAGUGCGUGCCCAACCCUGAGCUGCUGCAGACCGAAGACAGUCUAAAGGCAGUCCUCAAGUCACAGAAAGCAGACGCCCCCAGCAUCGACUACACAGAGCUGCUACAGCACUUUGAGAAGGUCCAGAAGAAGCACCUGGAAGUGAGGCACCAGCGGAGUGGGCGCGGCGAUCACCUGGACCGAAGGGUUGUCCUCUGACAGGCCUGGCAUGGAGAAGGGUCCAAGGAGUGGUCCCAGGGAGCACUGGAGGUCUUCAGGCCUCUUCUCACCAGAGCCUAAGGACCUGUCUCAGGGGCAGGGCUGGCCCUGGCCAACAGCCCAGGGUAGGAUAGGGGGACAGAGGCUGCUCUGUCCAGCCCACCUGUCAGCUGCACCCCGGAAUUCAGGCAGAGCUGGCUUCCCACCAGGGUGGGGCCACAGCCUCAGACACCACCUGCCCUCUGGAAUCAGUCUCUCUAAUACCUUCUUGUACAAGAGCUUACUCCCCAGCCCAACAGAGCUCCGACCUCAUGCAGUGUUUUGUAUACAUAACUGUGUGUACAUAGGGACCAGCAUAGAGGUUCGUAUGAAUGAUGCAUCUCCUGCCCCAAUAAAGAAAUGACAGAAAACCCUCA